UCGUUGGGAAAAAAGAUUAUUAAAAAAAAAAAUGCUAAGAAAAGGAAUGCUUUAUGUAAGAAAUGUACGCCAUGCUGCGAGAAAGAUUCACGAUGAAGCUACUGUUAUUGGUAGUGCUCAAGAUACGAAAUCGACAGAGUACCAGGAAAAUUAUCUUGAGAUGAAACAUUUAGUAGACACGUUAAAGAAAACGGUCGAGAAAAUUGUAGAAGGUGGGGGCUAUAAGGCGAAAGAAAGGCACGUGAAAAAGGGAAAAUUAUUACCACGGGAACGAAUUAACAUGCUCCUUGAUCCGACGUCUCCUUUUCUCGAAUUUUCGCAAUUAGCUGGUUAUAAAAUGUACGACGAGGACGAAGUACCAGCUGGUGGGAUAAUAACCGGUAUUGGCAGGAUAGAGGGAACGGAAUGUGUAAUAGUCGCAAAUGAUGCAACCGUGAAGGGUGGUACAUAUUAUCCAAUCACGGUGAAGAAACACUUGAGAGCACAAGAAAUUGCCGAGGAGAAUCAUUUACCCUGUAUAUAUUUAGUGGACAGUGGUGGUGCAAAUUUGCCUAGACAAGCCGAGGUAUUUCCAGAUAAAAUGCAUUUUGGCAGAGCCUUCUAUAAUCAAGCGAAUAUGAGCGCUAAAGGAAUCGCGCAGAUAGCAGUAGUAAUGGGAAGUUGUACAGCAGGAGGUGCAUAUGUACCAGCAAUGGCGGAUGAGAAUGUGAUCGUUGCCAAUCAGGGCACUGUCUUCCUGGCUGGUCCGCCCUUAGUGAAAGCUUCCACGGGUGAAGACGUUACUCCGGAAGAAUUGGGUGGUGCGACGCUUCAUUGUCGGACCUCCGGAGUUAUGGAUCACUAUGCACUGGACGAUGCUCACGCAUUGCACUUAACCCGGCAGAUCGUAAAGGACUUAAAUAGACAAAGACCAAUGCACGUAAACGUGGAGAAACCGGUGACCAUACCAGAGUACGCCGUUGACGAAAUUUAUGGUAUAGUUGGAAUAAAUUUGAAACGAUCUUACGAUGUGAAAGAAGUAAUCGCAAGAAUCGUGGAUGGCUCGAAAUUUCGCGAGUUCAAGGCACAGUAUGGGGAAACGUUGGUUACUGGAUUUGCAACAAUUUACGGUUACCCCGUGGGAAUAGUCGCGAAUAAUGGUGUGCUAUUUUCGCAAAGCGCGUUAAAAGGUGCACACUUCGUGCAGCUCUGUGCUCAAAGAAAGAUACCGCUCAUUUUCUUGCAGAAUAUCACAGGAUUUAUGGUGGGCAAAGAUGCAGAGGCAGAGGGCAUUGCUAAAAAUGGUGCUAAAAUGGUGAACGCUGUGGCUUGUGCUCGAGUACCUAAAAUUACGGUGGUAAUUGGCGGCUCGUACGGAGCAGGAAAUUACGGUAUGUGCGGUCGCUCUUAUUCGCCGAGAUUUCUCUAUUCCUGGCCGAACGCCAAAGUAUCCGUGAUGGGUGGAGAACAAGCUGCCGGUGUAAUGGUCCAGAUUACUAAGCAGCAACGCAUACGUGAUGGGAGACAGUGGACAGCCGAAGAGGAAGAAAACCUGAGGAGAUCCAUCAUGGACAAAUUCGAACAGGAGAGCAGUCCAUACUAUUGCAGCGCUAGACUUUGGGACGAUGGUGUAAUCGAUCCUGUAGAUACCAGAGUGGUACUAGGUCUUAGUCUAUCAGCAGCGUUAAACGCACCUAUAUUAGAGAGUAAUUAUGGAGUUUUCCGAAUGUAA